AUGCGUCGUGAAUUUGCCUCGCUGGGGUCAUUGCGUGCGAAACAUCUCCAUAUCCGUCCAAGCGGGCUCUCCCUUCUCCCAAGGAGAUGCCAUCGAUGGAACAGCUCAAACACCACACCGCCAGCACAUAAGCCUAUUAUAUUUUCUGGCAUUCAGCCCACUGCUGUACCUCAUCUGGGCAAUUAUCUAGGAGCUUUGCAUCAAUGGGUGAAGCUCCAGGAUAAUGCAGCCGAAGGAACCAAGCUAUUUUUCUCUAUUGUUGAUCUACAUGCAUUGACAGUACCACAAGACCCAGCUCAAUUGAAGAAAUGGAGGAAGGAGGCCUUUGCAACGUUGCUUGCUGUAGGCCUGGAUCCUAAACGCUCUGCAAUAUUCUACCAGUCCAGUGUGCCAGCACAUGCUGAGUUGAUGUGGAUUCUCAGCACGGUGGCUUCCAUGGGGUAUCUGUCGCGUAUGACACAGUGGAAGGUGAGCGGCCCUAGAAUUCUUACAUGCGGAAGGCAUUCUAUUAACACCCUCCAGAGUAAACUACAACUACCAGAAGAUACCACACUUGAUGACUCGACGGCACGGGCACAACUGCGACUUGGUCUUUUCUCCUAUCCAGUCCUACAGGCUGCUGAUAUCCUUGUGCAUAGAGCUACCCAUGUUCCCGUCGGGGAGGAUCAAAGACAGCACCUGGAGUUUUCCAGAUACACUGCGAAUAGCUUCAAUCACCUCUAUGGGCCUAUCUUCCCCAUCCCAGAGGCAUUGAUAUCCCCUGCCAAACGAGUCAUGUCCCUGAAGGAACCCACCUCAAAGAUGUCCAAAUCCCAUGCAGAUGAGAAAUCCCGGAUCAUCCUUACCGACUCACCGGCCGAAAUCCGCAAGAAGAUCAAAGUUGCCCUAACAGAUUCGGAACCAAGCAUUACCUAUGACCCGAUCUCACGACCUGGCGUCUCUAACCUUAUCGAGAUCCUUAGUCACCUGGAAGGUGUAUCAUGCGAAGAUAUUGCGGCUGACUUCCACACCGCAAGUCUCCGUGCGCUCAAGGAACACGUUGCAGACCGGAUUGCCUACCAUUUACAAGAGAUCCGAGACCGGUAUAUUACGAUCAUGGAUGAUAAGACCGGGUACCUGGAGUCAGUGGCUGAGGAGGGAGCCGAAGCAGCGCAAGCCAACAGCCGGGAGACCAUGCGGCAAGUUCGGGAUGCGAUGGGUCUGUGA